AAGUGAAUGAGUAGAAGAAGAGGAUAAUAAUAGGAAGAAGAGAAAAAAGGAGGUUCAGAUGAAGAGGCUUAAGAGGAAUAAUUGGGAGUAUAAUCUUCAGAAGGUACUCCAGAGGAAGAAGAAUCAGGGGAAGAUUUAAUUAAUGAUUAAAUGAUGAAUGAUUAUUAACCUAUACCUGAAUUAGAUAGAUAUGAAUCAGAAGGAAUAAAUGAUGAAGAGGUUGAUGGAAAUAUGAAUUACGAAUAAAGGAGAUAAGCAGAAUUAGAGAUUAAUAGGAGAAGAAGAAUCGAUAUGGAAGAUAGAAGAAUACCUGGUGCUAUUUAAGAUUUGAGUGAUUCUGAAGAGAUUUCAUAUUAAAUUGAUGGUCGACUUUAUAUAAAUGAUCCAUUAGAAGAAGAGGAUACAGAUGUUGUUGAAGAAGAAAGAUAUUUAAAUAUUGAAGAAUGUAGAGGCAAAUUAAAUGAAUGGAUUAAAGAUGAUAGAACAAGUAUUAAUCAUAUUUAAAUUUAGAGGCUUGGAUUAAAAGAGCUUUUAGAAAGAUUUUAAAUGAAUGCAAAAAAGGUAGUGAUUAAGAACCAUUUUAUAUAUAAUUGAUUAAAGAAAUGUGUAAAGCAAAUAAAUAAUCACUUGAAGUAUUAUAUCCAGAUUUGGUAUCUGCUAAUGCCACUAUUGCAUUAUGGGUAGCAGAAGAACCUAAAAUUAUUUUACCUCAUCUUAAUGAAGCUGCAAGAAUUGAAGUCAAUAAAAGAUUCAGUCAUUAUCAUAAUAUUCAUUAAGAAAUUUUUGUUAGAAUUACUAAUCUUCCAGUUAUUGAUAUUAUUAGGGAAUUAAGAUUUAAACAUUUAGAUAAAUUUAUUCGUGUUAUUGGUGUUGUUACUAGAAGAAGUGCUGUCUAUUCUUAAUUGAAAGAAAUAACUUAUGUUUGUGUUAAAUGUGGAAUGAAAAAAGGACCAUUUUAUUUAGAAAAUAAUGAUAGCAUAUAAUUAGGUGUUUGUAUUCAAUGUUAAAGUAGUGGUCCUUUUGAAAAAUUAUAUAAUCAAUUGGUCUAUAGAAAUUUUUAACGAUUAACUCUAUAAGAAUCACCAGGUUAAGUUCCUGCAGGAAGAGUACCAAGAUAAAAAGAAGUUAUUGUUUUAGGAGAUUAAAUUGAUAUAGCUAGACCUGGAGAUGAAAUUGAAGUUACUGGAAUCUAUACUUAAAGAUAUGAUUAUGCUCUUAAUGUUAAACAUGGUUUCCCCUUAUAUUCUACUAUUAUUGAAAGCAAUUAUAUUAAAAGAAAAGAUGAUAGUGAAUCUUUGAAUAUUGAUAAAAAAAUCAAAGAUGAAAUCUUGAAGUUAUCUUAAAACCCUAAAAUUGAUAAACUUAUCUAUAAUUCAGUUGCUCCAUCCAUUUAUGGUCAUUAACAUGUUAAAAUGGCUAUUGCAUUAGCUAUGUUUGGAGGAGAAUCGAAAGACAUUCAAGGUAAACAUAGAAUAAGAGGGGAUAUUAAUGUUUUGGUAUUAGGAGAUCCUGGAACUGCUAAAUCUUAAUUCUUAAAAAAUGUUUAAAAGACAUUCUAUAGAUCAAUCUAUACAACAGGAAAAGGAGCAUCUGCUGUUGGUCUCACUGCUUCUGUUUAAAGAGAUUAUUCAACAAAUGAAUGGAGUAUCUCAGGAGGUGCUUUAGUCUUGGCUGAUAAAGGAAUUUGUUUAAUUGAUGAAUUUGAUAAAAUGAAUGAACAUGAUAGAACCUCUAUUCAUGAAGCUAUGGAAUAACAAAGUAUUUCAAUCUCUAAAGCUGGUAUUGUUACUACUCUCUAAGCCAGAUGUAGUGUUAUUGCAGCUGCUAAUCCAGUUGGAGGCAAAUAUGAUUCUUAAUAAUCAUUUCAUGAUAAUGUUGAUCUCACAGAUCCAAUUUUAAGUAGAUUUGAUAUUUUAUGUGUUGUAAAAGAUGAAGUAAUUAAAGAGGCAGAUGAUAGAUUGGCUUCAUUUGUCAUAAAUAGUCAUAUAAGACAUCAUCCCAUGGCUGCAUAUGAAUUAAAUCAUGAUCCAGAUUCUGAAGAGAGUUAAAAAAUCAAAGGAUACUUUGUGAAGGAGAGUAAAUAAACUUAAGAUGAAGUUAUUCCAUUAGAAUUACUCAAAAAAUAUAUUUUGUAUGCACGUACUCACAUAAGACCAAAAUUAUAAAAUGUAGAUCAUGAAAAAAUAUCUAAAUUUUAUUAUUUAUUGAGAAAAGAAUCUGAAGUUUGUGGUGGUAUCAAUAUUGCCAUCAGACAUCUAGAAAGUAUCAUAAGAAUGGCUGAAGGUAUUUUAUAAUUCUAUAUUGAAUAGCUCAUGCUAGAAUGCAUUUAAGAAAUAAUGUUAUUGAUUUUGAUGUUUCAGUUGCAAUAAAGGUCAUGUUAGAGAGUUUUCUUUAAUCUUAAAAAUAUUCUGUGGCUAGACAAUUAAGACGUAAAUUUAGCGAUUAUUUAACAUUUAAUGAAGACUCCUUUGAUCUUCUAUUAAAUAUGUUAAAUAAAUUGUACAGAUAAUAAGUAUAUUACCUUUAUUAUUAAUUUUAGAAAGAUUAUUAUUAGAAUAUCAAAAAUUAUAAUGGUGAUAUAAGAGUUCCAAUUUAAGUGUUGGAGAAGGAAGCAAAAACAAAUGGAAUUUACUUUAACUCAGAUUUCUAUGAUUCUACAAAAUUUUAAGAAGUUUACANUAUCUUAAAACCCUAAAAUUGA